AUGAGCAGCCGGAGCCGCAGGGCCUGCACCAAGAGUCGCUCCACCUGUUCGGGACGAAACGGACGGCUUUCCAGAGUGGCUCUACAGAAGCCUGGAUGGACAAAAGACGAGGAUGAGAGGCUUCGCCGGCUGGUCAGGGAGUUUGGGAGCAGCAGCUGGUCUUCAGUCUCUCUGCAUUUCAGAGGUCAGAGGUCAGACGUGGAGUGUCAGCGGAGGUGGCAGCAGAUAAAGAACCCAGAUGUGGUCAAAGGUCCGUGGACUCAGGAGGAGGACGAGAGGGUCAUCGAGCUGGUUCAGAAGUACGGCAUGAAGCGCUGGUCGCUCAUCGCCAAGCACCUGCUGAGUCGUAACGGGAAGCAGUGCCGCGAGCGCUGGCACAACCACCUGAACCCCACGGUGAAGAAGAGCAGCUGGACGCUGGAUGAGGACCGCGUCAUCUGUCAGGCCCACAGGCUGCUGGGAAACCGCUGGGCCGACAUCUCCAAGUUGCUGCCGGGCAGGACGGACAACUCCAUCAAAAACCACUGGAACUCCACCCUGAAGAGGAGGGUGGAAAAGGAGGGAUACCUGCAGGUCCUGCACCCCCACAACUCCUCCAUCACCUCCUCCAGCUCCUCCUGCUCCACCAGACCACCAUCCAGGACCCGAGGCCCCCCAAGCACAGCCAACACCUCCACCAAG